CUACAGCAAUCAGACUGAAUUUGAUCCUUGUGUCAGCAAUAAGAGUGACCCCAGAAUUCAGAAGAUCAAUGAGUUGCAAUCCGAGACGUCUGACGUCAUCAUGUACCUGAGCUACCUCCAGUCUGCACCUGCACUCUUCGCCUGUGUCCUAGUAGGUUCCUACACAGACUACCUAGGGAGGAGACUGCUAGUCCUGGUACCGGUGACCACACAGUUCCUUAGGAUGAUCCUUAUCGGCGCUGUUAUCAGGUUUCACCUCCCGAUCUGGGUGCUGUAUAUCGGGUUUACGGUAGAUGGUAUGAGUGGCUCCUGGUUCUCCUUACUCCUGGCUCUCUACGCAGUAGCCGCAGAUAUCCACAAAGACGGGCAGGGGCGUUCUUUCUGGCUCUACUUUGUGACCUGCACAAAUGCACUCAUGACCUCUAGCACCAUAGUAGCCGAAGGAUACAUCAUUGAUUUCCUCGGGUUUUUCUUCGUUGCGGUGCUCCUAGCUGCUAUGUUGUUUUGUUGCUUGUUCAUAACUGUUCUGUUUCUACCCGAGACUCGAAAAAAGCGACCUCAACAACAACGCGUACUGAAUCCUUUGUUUCACAUGCGCAGAAUUUUCGGGUUCUACACCUUCGACGGAUCGGUUAGGAAACGUGUGACGUUUUGCUUUGGAUUGGCUAUCUUCUUCUUUGGUGUCAUUAAUGAUUUGUAUUCCACAUCGGUGGACACUAGAUAUCAAAUUCAUCAACCUUUUUGUUGGAAGUCUUCUCAAAUAGGCAUUUACAACGCUGUGAGAGGAACGGUUCCGUUUUUCCUCGGGGGUGUGCUUCUAACGAUCAUGCAACGCUGUGUUUCUGACGAGAAAAUUGCAAUGUUUGGGAUUAUUUUCCAAGGAGGUGGCUACCUGUUUGAAGCUUUUAUCACUCAUUCUUGGCAGUUUUUCUUAGUUCCUGUCAUUCUGGCGCCAGGAACGAUGACUAUUCCUCUGAUCAGGUCCACGAUGUCUUUGCUCGCAGGGGAAGACCGCCACGGCGCAAUGUUCUCAAGCAUUGCAGUGGUGGAGACUGUAUGCAACAUGGCGGCCUCUUCCGUGUUCAACAACAUCUACGCUGCCACUGUGGCCACCUGGGCCGGCACUGUCUACGUGGUCAUGGCUUCUUUUAGUUUCUUCACUUUUUUAUUGUUUAUACUGUUUUUCAGUGUCAGAGAGCCAGAGACGAAGGAGGUUGUAGUGGUGGACCCUGACCACUCUAUCCAAACUCCAGAAUUUGAAAACCAGGAAAAUGUUUUGUCUUGAGCUGCUGCGCUUUAGGCUGGACUCGUGAAAUUAAAAUGUUUGUCUUUGUG